AUGCCGUCGUUCCUGAACAAGUCCAGCAUCGUGUUCGACAAAUCGACGUACCGCAGCGGAGAAACGGUGAACGGACACGUCUCGUUUGAGACCGAGACGCCGAUCUCGGCCAAUUUUCUGACGAUCAAGUGGCAGGGAAUCGGAUCGACCCACUGGUCAAAGAAGAAGUCGGACUUUGUGCCGUUGAACUUCUACUCGGGAGACGAGACCGUCUGGUGCUGUGAAGAUGGGCAGGUACGGUUGUUUGGACACUUUGCAACCAGUUUUGUAGCGAAAUGCACUUUGCAACCGCCCAAAAUUUGUGUAGAGCCUUAAAUCUGUUCGCUCCUUCCACACUAAACUCCUCACCUUAAAGAUAACUCGAUUUCAGUGGAAACUGCCGGCGGGCAAGCACUCGUACCCGUUCUCGUUUGAGCUCCCGAAGGAUUGCUCGCCGAGCUUCAAGGGAAAGUACGGGAAAGUGGAGCACUACGUCCAGGUGACGUUGAACCGUACGAUGCGGUUCGACAUCCGCGUCAAGAAGACGUUCGAAGUGAGAGGCUCUGUGAAGAGCGGCGAGCAGAAGAAGAAGCCGGAGACGGACAAGAAGUAUACGAAUCCGCUGAACACCAUGUUCAGAAUGGGCAGCCUUUUCAUGACUGAUGGAGUUGUGAAGCUGAAGGUACAUACAACACACUGCCUACUCUAUAAUAUCAAUAAUUUCAGCUCACUCUCCCGAAUCAAUACAAUAUCGGUGAGAAGUUUCUGAUCAAGCUCGAGGUGGACAAUCUGAGCCAGAGGCCGCUCACUUCGCUGACCUUCCACGUCAACCGCUGGACUCACUAUCACGCCCGUCCUCAAACGAAACCGUGCGAGAAGGGAUUUUACUGCCCGUUGGAGGAGGGAACGGCUCAAACGAUGGAGCUGAAGGAGGUAGAGAAGACGGUUCUCGACGUGAACGUGCCGCCGAAGACCAAGAUGGUGUUGGAGCGAGAGAUUAUACUGCCGAACUGGUACAUCACCUUCUCGGAUCGACUGAUGAGCGUCUCGUACUGCGCGAGAAUGACCGCUCCGCUCCACUCUUCGGACCUAUUGAAGUUCAGCGAGGAGAAAGAGGAGAAGAAGAUCGUCGAGAAGUCGGAUGGAUCGGAGGUGGAGACGAAGAAGAAGAAGAAGGAGGAGGUCGAGUCGUCUCCACCACCGCCAUACACUCCAUAA